AUGGCGGGCGUGGGCGAGGGCCCGCUGGGAACCAAGCUGCACAGCAGCGCCACCAAAGUGUCCUACCCUCGCCCCACGCGCGUCAAAAACAAGGCGCCGGCGCCCACGCAGAUCACCGCCGAGCAGAUCGUGCGCGAGGCUAAGGAGCGCCAGGAGGAGACCUUCCGCGCGCCCAAGCAGAAGAUCACGGACGCCGAGGAGCUCGCCGAGUACCGCCUCAAGAAGCGCAAGGAGUUUGAAGAUCUCAUCCGCCGCGUCUACUGGAACGAAUCCGUGUGGGUCAAGUACGCGAAAUGGGAGGAGACGCAGAAGGACUUCGCCCGAGCGCGGUCCGUGUGGGAGCGCGCCCUGGACCACAACUACAGGUCCCAAAGCCUGUGGCUCAAGUACGCCGAGAUGGAGAUGUCGCACAAAUUCGUCAACCACGCGAGAAACGUGUGGGACAGAGCCGUCAAUCUCCUCCCUCGUGUCGACCAGUUCUGGUACAAGUACAUACACAUGGAGGAGAUGAUGGGCCAGGUUGCGAACGCGAGGGCCAUAUUCGAGCGGUGGAUGGAGUGGGAGCCCGACCACAACGGCUGGAACGCGUACAUAAAGAUGGAGACUCGGUACAAGGAGUGGGGUAGGAUCCGGCACAUCUACGAGCGGUACGUGCAGUGCCACCCCAGCGUCAAGGCGUGGGUGCGGUGGGCCAAGUUCGAGAUGUCCCUCGGGGAUGUCGCCCGGUGCAGGGCGGUGUACGAGGACGCCGUGGAGACGAUGGAGCGCGAGGUGGACGUCGAUCAGCUCUACGUCAAGUUUGCGCAGUUUGAGGAGCUCGUCAAGGAGCCGGAGCGCGCCCGCGCCAUCUACAAAUACGCGCUGGAUAACUUACCCAAGGAGAAGGCGCAGGAGGUGUACAAGGCGUUUACCACGUUCGAGAAGCAGUACGGCGACCGCGGGGCCAUCGAGGACGUCAUCGUGGGGAAGCAGAGGGUCAAGUACGAGGAGGAGGUUCGAGCCAACCCGACGUCUUACGAUUCGUGGUUCGACUACACCCGCAUGGAGGAACAGCACGGGGACAUCGAGAAGGCGAGGGAGGUUUACGAGCGGGCGAUCGCGAACGUCCCGCCGCAGAACGAGAAGCGGUACUGGAAGCGGUACAUAUUCCUCUGGAUCAAUUACGCCCUCUUUGAGGAGAUUGACGCGCAGGAUCCGGAGCGAACGCGAGAGGUGUACCGCGAGUGCCUGAAGCUGAUACCCCACAAGUCGUUCUCGUUCAGCAAGGUUUGGAUCAUGGCGUCGCAGUUUGAGAUUCGGCAGAAACGUCUGGACGCGGCGAGAAAGAUCCUCGGGAUGGCCAUCGGGAUGCACCCGAAGGAGAAGAUCUUCAAGACGUACAUCGACAUGGAGAUGCAGCUGGGGAACAUCGACCGAUGCCGCACCCUGUACGAGAAGGCUCUCGAGCUCAACCCGUUCAACUGCUCCUCCUGGGUCAAGUUCGCGGAGCUGGAGAAGUCGCUCGCGGAGACGGAGCGCGCGCGAGCCAUCUUCGAGAUUGCCGUCGGCAUGGACCAGCUCGACCAGCCCGAGAUUCUGUGGAAGGCGUACAUCGACUUCGAGACGGAGGAGGGCGAACGGGGACGGUGCAGGGCGCUUUACGAGCGCCUCCUCGAGCGCACGCAGCACGUCAAGGUGUGGAUAUCCUUCGCGCAAUCGCUGAAGGAGAAUCAGCCGGACGCGAAGGAGGAGCGGGUGAUGCUGCUCGAGGCGUGGCGCGCGUUCGAGGAGGGCGUCGGCGGCGGGGAUGAUCGCGUGGCGGGGGUGGAGAAGAAGAUGCCGCGUCGCGUGAAGCGCAAGCGGCCGAUAUACACGGAGGACGGGACGCCCGCGGGGCAGGAGGAGUACUACGAUUACAUCUUCCCGGAGGAGCAGGGCGCGGCGCCCAACCUCAAGAUCCUGGAGGCUGCGUACAAGUGGAAGCGCCAGAAGACCACUGGCGACGAGUAA